CAAACGUAUUAUACUUUGCCUCCUUCACAUGUUUUUGUCUCACCACACACAUCUCUGUAGCUCCAAAGGGCACGGUGGAGAAGCGUUCCUUUCCGAGAACUGUGCUGGGGGAUGAGUAAACAGGUUGCCAGCGACUACGAGGGUUAAAUCAUUAAACCCACAAACAAAGGCUCGUACUGACGCAAUGUUGAAAGUGGGUCUGUCUGUUAACACUUUCCACAUCGUCUUGAAACGUUCUUCGCAAGAAACGUGUGCGCCUCGGUCUCUCUCAUUCCACUUCACAUCAUUACGACGAACUCUCCGAGCAUUCGAAGCGCAUUCUCGUUCUCUCCCCCGUGCAGCUGACAUGAGGCGUCUGCGCCCAGACUGCUACCUGCAGCGCUUUCAAACUGAAGAAUUAACAUCUGCUUCCCAGGCUCCGGGUUGUGAAUACCAGGAUGCCUAACGGGGCGACUUACUCCAACUGUUCGCAUAACUGCAGUUUAGAUGACCAGGACUACUGGGACAACGAAACUUACUGGGAAACAGAAUACCCCGUUAACCUUUUCCCGAUUCCCAUUUUGACUGGGAUAUCAGCCACUUGCGUUUUCCUUUUCAUUGUAGGGGUUGCGGGGAAUUUAAUGACCAUUUUGGUCGUCUCCAAAUUCAAGGACAUGAGGACGACCACCAACCUGUAUCUGUCUAGCAUGGCCUUUUCCGACCUGCUGAUCUUCCUCUGCAUGCCUCUCGACCUGUACCGAAUUUGGAGGUACCGUCCGUGGAACUUCGGAGACCUGCUUUGCAAGCUCUUUCAGUUCAUCAGCGAAAGCUGCACCUAUUCCACUAUCCUCAACAUCACAGCCCUGAGCGUGGAGAGAUACUUUGCCAUUUGUUUUCCGCUCAGGGCUAAAGUGGUCGUGACCAAGAGUCGGGUGAAGGGUAUUAUAUUAGUCCUCUGGCUUCUGGCUUUUGUAAGCGCGGGACCCAUCUUUGUCUUGGUGGGAGUUGAGCAUGAAAACGGGACGCUUGCCUGGGAGACAAACGAGUGCAAAGCCACAGAAUACGCGAUCAGAUCGGGACUCCUCACCAUCAUGGUGUGGGUCUCCAGCAUUUUUUUCUUCUUGCCUGUUUUCUGCUUGACUGUUCUUUACAGCCUCAUAGGGAGAAGGCUUUGGAAGAGAAAAAGGGAGGCAAUAGGACCUAACAUCUCAAGUAGAGAUAAAAACAACAAGCAAACUGUAAAAAUGUUAGCUGUUGUGGUGUUUGCCUUUGUGCUCUGCUGGCUUCCCUUUCAUGUUGGCCGCUACUUAUUUUCCAAAUCAUCUGAAGCAGGCUCCCCGUUAAUGUCUCAGAUCAGCCAAUACUGCAACCUGGUCUCCUUUGUCCUCUUUUACCUGAGUGCGGCCAUAAAUCCCAUCCUCUACAACAUCAUGUCCAAGAAGUACAGGGUAGCGGCUUGUAAACUCUUUGGACUAAAGCAAGCCCCAAGAAGGACAGCUUCCACCAUGAAGGACGAAAGCUCCCCAGGCUGGACAGAGUCGAGUGUUAGCACAUGACAAAUGCCUUGAACAUCUCCACGAGAAGAUCUGGUAUGCCAGAAAAAGACAUUCCUUAUGGAGCUCUUUUGAAGAAGCGGGUGUCAACCCAUGCUCAUACGUCACUUCGGGAGGAGGAUUGAGUGUGAAGCACACGUGGAAAUUCAUUUAGGAAUUAAUCUAACAGAAAAACAGGAUACAUACAUCAAUAAACCGAAAUCACUUUCUACUUUCUGACUUGAUGUGCCUAUCUAUUCCACAAGUCAAACAAUCCAGGCAAAACUCAUACAUGGUAUCCCCUUCAAAACAUAAAUCCUGAUAGUUCCAAAUGCAUCUUCACCAUUGUAAAAAUGUACUGUACAUAUACAUUGAGACCUGAUGUUGCAGUGACAGGCCAGGAUAGUACCUAUGAUAUUCUUCAUGAUGUUUUCAUUUUUUCCAGUGGUGAGUAUAACGACAGGAAAAAAUACAUGCAAGACAAAGAUAAUCACUGCCACUGGAAACAUUAAGAACCCUAAACUGGAAACCAAAUGAUUACAAAGAACUGGCAACAUAAUUUUCCAAAUAGGUCCUGCUGAUAGCUCACUUACUUAAAUGUUGCUUUUUCAUAUAUGAAUAGUGACAAAGGUCCCCUUUUCUGCCCUAGUUGUUCAGCAGUUUAAAGAAAAAUGAAAAGCUUUGGCACUGCCCUCACAUCUUGACAAGGUCCAGAUGACUAAAAGAUCACUGUAGGCAUCGCAGUACUCUUGUACCAGUGAGUGAGGUGCCUCUACAUACAACGAUGCAGUAAUGGUGGUGCUGUAACUUUUUAAAAUUGAAUCUCAGUGGAGGAGUCUUGUCACUUUACCAUGUGCUAAGAAUAGUCUGCUUAUCUUAGUGUUAGGUCAGAUAUUAGGCUAUUGAAGAAGUACAAGGGAUAAGCAAAGAUAAUGCAAGAAGCCAUUAACAGUCGCUGCUGUUAAUCAAGAUGGACAUUUAAAAUACACUAGUUUGAAGGAGCAAGACAAAAGUGGUUUCACUAAAAAAAAAAGUGGAUGAUAACUCCAUGAGUUCAUUAAUGCAUGGUGUGCUUCAAAUAGCUCCAUAAUGCAGUUUAUUCAAUCCUAUUGAAAGUUCUUGUUUUCUGGUAUUUAAGAGCUAAGCUUAAAAUGAAACUAAGUUUAUUAAUGUUAUAAUGACAAGUACAGCUGGAGCUAAGCUUAUUUUUUAUAUCAAGUUAUGAAUUUGAUAUAUAUGAUAAUACAGUACCAUUUGCAAUAUCUGCUUACAGCCUCAGUGCACUUUUUAUUGAUGGGCAUGCAAACUUCGAAACCUUCUGCAAAUAUUUCCUUGUUCACAAGUGUGCCAUUGUGCAUAAUGAAUGACAAAUCUGUGCACAAGUAUGAAAACACUAUGUAAAAAUAUGUACAUAUAUUAAUAUUUGAACAGGU